GAGGGGUAGGAUAGUAAUUUAGGUGCUCUUAUAAGUUGGGAGAUUAACAUUUAACACUAACUAAUAUCAAGCAAUUUACAAUAAAUAAAUAAAUCACCUUUAAACAAACAAUUUAGAAGAACUAAAAGUUGAACACUUCUACAUGAUAGAUCACAAAAAAGUUGCCAAAUUUAAUAAUAAAUAACUAAAAGUUGAGUUAGAUCAUACUAAAAUAAUGAAUCCGACCCUUCUACAUGCUAGAUUGUGCCUUUUUUUUUUUUUCUCUUCAAGAAUUUAUAAUUUUUUUUGUAUAGAUUUUUGAUAAAUAGAGAGAAAAUUGAAGAAUGAAAAUGAGGUGUAUUUAAAGGGGUUGUUGUCAGGUGGGUUGACAGAAAACCAGAAACAGAGAAACACAACAAAAGAGCCGUUUGUGCAACGGCUGAAAAAUGGGUUUUGCUAAUUUGGUCAGUUCAUUGAAUUCCCAUGUUUUAAUUACUCAAAAUUUUGAGAAAUUUAUUCCAAAGUUGCAAUCUUUUAAGCAAAGAGAAGAAACCCAGUUUAUGAAUUUCAAGUUAUCAAGAAGAUCAAAGAGUUUUCAAAAGAUUGAAGUUGGGUGCUGCAAAAAUGGGAAUUUGAUUGAUUUUGAAGAAAGAACUAGCGCAAAUGAGGUCAGAAAGGAGAUUGAACGGUGUUAUGAACUAAUUCACAGGCUAGGUAGGGGAGUUAUCUACAUUGGCUCUGCUAGACCAGGAUCUGAUCAUCCACAUUAUAUGCAAGCUCUUGAACUCAGCAGAGAGAUUGCGUAUAUGUUGGGUAGCACAACAUGGACUGGAGCUGGUCCGGGACUAAUGGAUGCAGCUAUUAGAGGUGCACUGCAAGCUGGGAAGCCAGUUGGUGGAUUUAAGAUCGAGAAAGAAGCAGGUCAAUGGUCUUCAACUGGCUCUCAUCCUUACCUUCCUCCUGAUACAUAUCUUACUUGCAGGUUUUUCUCUGCACGAAAACAUGGAUUUGUGGAUGCUGCAGUAAGAAACAGCCCCUCAGAUCGGACAGCUGUAGUUGCUCUUCCUGGUGGAAUUGGCACUCUUGAUGAGAUGUUCGAGAUUCUAGCGCUGAUUCAGCUGCAGCGAAUAGGAUCAGAGCUUCCAGUUCCGUUCCUGCUCAUGAAUUAUGAUGGAUACUACACUAAGCUGCUGGAUUUUCUCGAUGAAUGUGAACAUUGGGGAAACCUUGCAAAGGGAGAGGUGGAGUCAUUAUGGAAGGUGUUUGGUAACAACAACGAAGCUCUGGCUUAUCUAGCUGAAUUUUAUGGUCUUCCUCUCAGCAAUGAAGAGUUUGAUGAACCAAUUAUCAACAAUGUUUAAUUCUACUCUAGUUUUGCGAGGUCGACCCAGCUUUUGAAGUUGAGCUAGAACUAGCUUUGGACCGAGAACCAGCUUCCACCCGUAAGGCCAAUCAUCGCCCUUUCGCCUCAGAAGCAGUUUUGUGAUGUUUCUUGUAUUAUACCCACACAGCAGGAAGAAUAACCAAUCAUCAAGAAUGUUUAGUUCUACUCUAGUGUUGCGAGGUCCGCAAACAGCUUUAGUUAUGUGAUGUACUAUUACACCCACACAACAGGAAGAAUAACCAAUCAUCAAGAAUGUUUACUUCUACAGUUCUACUCUAGUGUUGCGCGGUCCGCAAACGGCUGUAGCUAUGUGAUGUUUCUUGUAUUACACCCAGAAACAGGAAGAAUAACCAAAUCAUGAAGAAUGUUUAGUUAUACUCUAAUGUUGCGAGAUCUGCAAGUUUCAGCUUUA